AUGACAUCCAUGGACAAAGUGUUUGCCGGCUACGCCGCACGACAGGCUGUCCUAAAGCCAGCAACAAACCCUACAGCCAGGGAAUCGCAUGGACCAAGGCUUCCUGCACAGCGACCUCACCUACGACGUCUCCUGCGUCUGGGAUGGGCGCUUUUUCCGACUAGACGACCACCUCACCCGUCUAGAAACCAGCCGUGCGAAUCUCCGGCUCAAGCUCCCCUUGCCCCCGCGAGCAGUUCCAAGCAGAUCCUGGUGGAGAUAGUAGUGAAAAGCGGCAUCCAAUGCCUUCGUCGAGGUGAUCGUAACACGCCGCGUGUGAUGGAGGUUGCUGAAGCGAAGGGGAUUUAA